AUGAUCAAAUUUCUUGCUAUAACAACUAUCUGCGUUGUUUUAACGCAUGCAAGACGAAUCAGUUGGCAAGACGAAGAUUUCGAUGCCUCCUAUCGACCUCGCAAUCUAAAAAUUCUAUCACGUAUAAAUGGACUGUACGAUGAGGAACGCGACUAUGGUGAAAUGACUGAACGAGGACUGGGAAGUCUUUUUACCCCUAGGUCAAUGGGGAGACAAACGUUAAAGUGGAACAGGAUCGGUUCGUUAUCUCCGGCAAGAAUAGGUCGACUCAGGUCGCGUCGCCAGAGACGUCGUAAUAGAUUGGGACGGAAUAGAAAGUACAGAUGGGAAGGCGAGGAUGAAACGGAUAUGCAAAUUCCAGACUAUCCACGACCGAUGAAAAGAAAUCGAAGACUAAUGGAACGAUAUCGUUUGGCGAAUCCUCGCAAAUUCUCCACCAUGAACGGAGAGGAAGACGAUGAAGGCCGAGAGCGAAGGUGGAGGUAUCGAAAGAGAUAUCGUCCUAGAUUCUUGGGACGGAAUAGAAAGUUUAGAUGGGAAGAAGAGGAUGAAACGGAAUCUUCUUCUGCAUGUAUUUCAAAAGAUCCUCCUGCAACGCUUGGUGGUCUUCGAAAUUCGAUCCAAGUUUGUCGUGCCCUGCUUCGAGGCACGGUCAGCACAGGCUUGCGAUUCCGUGAAGUCGGAAUGUCGGAUGUGUCGAACUCCUUCUCAGCCUGGGAGACCCUGCCGGUGGACGAACCUCCGCUGUGCAUCGUAGUUCGACGCCCAGAGUCACCUCCACGCCACUAUGAGGCGGUUAACCGUUGUGGGUUGUUAAACUUGUUACAGGAAUAUAGCGACCGCGGAGGUAUCGAAAGAGAUAUCGUCCUAGGUUAUUGGGACGGAAUAGAAAGUACAGAUGGGAAGACGCCGAUGAAAAUGAUAUCGAAGUGCCGUUCAGUCCUGAAGUGA